AUGACACAAAUGUGCUUUAUCAUCCUGCUGAUGAGUAAAGCUGCUUCCAUCUCCGCACAGUUUAAUGGAUACAACUGUGAUGCCACCUACCACAGCAGGUUUCCUGGUGAGCGGGACAUCAGUGUAUACUGUGGUGUUCAGACCAUCACCAUAAAGAUCAACUUCUGUCCCGUGCUGUUUUCUGGCUACACCGAUGUAGAUUUGGCCCUGAAUGGUCACUAUAGUGACGCUCAGUGCCGUGGCUUCAUCAACAACAACACUUUCCCCACAGCGGUCCUGUUCAGCAUCAGCCUCAGCACUCUGGAGGCCUGCGGUAACAACUUGGUGGUCAGCACGGCCUACGGGGCCAAUGCCUAUGGGAACAUGUCUCUGGUCCAAAUUGGGAACGUCUCCGGCUAUAUCGACACCCCUGACCCGCCAGCUAUAAUCAGCUACCUGCCGGGGUUGCUGUAUAAAUUCAGCUGCAGCUACCCACUGGAGUACCUGGUCAAUAACUCACAGCUGGCAUCCUCCUCUGUUGCUGUAUCUGUCAAGGACAGUAACGGCACUUUUGUGAGCACACUGAGUUUGAUCUUGUAUAAUGACUCAACAUACACUCAGCCUCUCUCUAUUCCAAUGGCUGGACUGGCUCUGAAAACCAGAGUAUUUGCUGCUGUGAAAGCCACAAACUUAGACAAACGGUGGAAUAUCUUGAUGGACUACUGUUACACAACCCCCUCAGGGAAUCCUAAUGAUGAACUCCGCUAUGACCUUUUCUUUGGUUGCUAUAAAGACCCACAGACAGCAGUUUUGGAGAAUGGGAAGAGUCAGAUGGGGCGUUUUUCCUUCGAGGUUUUUCGUUUUGUUAAACACAGACACCAGAAGAUGUCGACUGUGUUUUUGCACUGCGUCACCAAGCUUUGCCGGGCAGACGACUGCAUCCUGCUCAUGCCAAUCUGUGGGCGAAGGCGCAGGAGGGAUGGAGAGGAGAGCCUUGCCUCCCCACCAGCGGCAUCUGGGAAUGCCAUCAUCACUGCUGGGCCAAUCAUCACCAGGGGUGAUGAAACUCCCGUGGACAACUCCAAACUUGCAUCUGGUGACCCCUCACAGCCAGUGAAACCAGUGAUCAGUGGUCUGAUCUCAAGCGUGGUUAUCCUGGGCGGGGUCAGUGUGGGCUUCAUCCUGCUGUCGCUUCACCUUCGGCAGAGGUCCCGCCUCCCAACGACCACAGCCUCGGAUGUUCAGAACCCCAGCUUUAAGUGA